UGUAUGUAGAAGUAGAGAAACUUUGAAGUUUUUUCUUGCCACAUAUUCCAUAGACAACACGUAUAUUAUUAAAGACUAUAAGGAUGAGUCCAGGGUAUCGCUUCACUUCGCCGAUGUCAAAGACAACUGUCUUGCUUUGUAUCAUCCAGCUGACUUCUAUAUACGGGUUUCCCAGUGACCAAGUGCGUCAGUACGGAGCAGUUCGACACGGGCGAGGAAAAAGAGAUGCUACUGUAUCAUUCAGAACGAGGCCGUCGAACCAAACCGCCAUGUUGGGCGAUACCGUCAUCCUCCACUGCGCCGCGCAUGAGCAGAACGACAUCUCCGUCACGUGGUACAAAGGCGGGAAAGCGCUGACCCCGCCCUUCACUCGGACGAUAUUCGUCCUGUUCAACAACGACUUGCUGGUCAUUGCUAACAGAGACAAUGCUGAUAAGUAUACCUGUGAACUGAAAAGGGGAAAUACAAGGAUAUCGGCUGAUGCCUGGAUAACGAUACAUUCUGAGAUGAGGUUCUUAGAGGCUCCAGUCGACGCUACGGUGCAGUUCGGGGAGAGUCACGUGUUCAGAUGCAGCGCGAUUGGCGCAGACCGGAUCACGUGGAACAAAGAUGGCCGCCCGCCGAGCUCGUUCAUCGACGGGGAGCGCGUCCUGCAGAACCGGGGGGACCUGGUGCUGACCUCCGUAACCCUGACGGACACAGGCCGGUACACCUGCAAGGCGAGCAGGGACAGCGACGGUCAUACCACAGAGGCCAAGACUACCCUGGUUGUUGAUGUUGAUAUUGAUGGAGUUUGCGGGCGCCCGUUCCAUGCCACGGGUUCGGACGGGUUCAUUGUGGGCGGGACGGAGGUGGAACCAGGCGCCUUCCCGUGGCAGGCCAUGCUGUGGGACAUCAGACCGACUAGAAACAGAUUUUUCUGUUCGGGAAGUCUUAUCAACAAGCGUUGGGUGAUCACUGCCGCUCACUGCAUCCGGGAACUGGGUCUGACCGAGCAGGACUUUAUCGUCCGUCUCGGGAAACACACCUCUGUGCGGGGCGUGCUGGAAGCGAACGAGAGGUCAUACAUUGUCGAAAGAAUCAUCGUCCAUCCUGACUUCAACGGAGACACCUACGAGUCUGACGUAGCACUUCUCCAACUGGCUCUACCGGAAGUGACGUUUACCGAGUACAUCCUGCCGAUCUGCCUUCCGGAAAUUCCCGAGGCACGACGGCUGAUCCGACCGGGAAACAUCGGCACCGUGACGGGGUGGGGCGCCCAAGCGGUGGGCGAAGGGACUUCUGAGAAGCUAAUGAAGGUAAGCCUACCCGUGGUGUCUCUGAGACGGUGUCGGGACUCCCAUCCUCAGUACGCACAGGAGAUCAGUCAGAACAUGUUCUGUGCCGGCCGGAGGGAGGGAGGGAAGGACGCGUGUGAGGGUGACAGCGGAGGGCCGUUUGCAGCUUUCGACAACGGGAGAUGGCACCUGCUGGGCGUGGUGAGCUGGGGAGACGGCUGCGCACUGAGGGGGAAGUAUGGCGUCUACACCCGUCUGCACAGGUUCAGGGACUGGAUCACAGAACAAACCGAGGAACAGGAAGUUAUUGACGGCUGCGCCAGUAACCCUUGUCAGCAUGGAGGCGUCUGUGUCAGGCAACAGGCUGGAUACACGUGCGAAUGUCCUGCUGGGAGAAAAGGGACACACUGUGAACAGGCGGUUGAGGAGUGCACGAGCGCCCCCUGUCGGAACGGAGGCAGGUGUGUAGAGGGACAUGACCUCCCCUCGUGGCUGGUGCUCAGGCAUCAGGGAUACUUCUGCGAGUGUCUGGAAGGCUGGGAGGGACGCAACUGCGAACAAGCAAUCAGCGCAUGCGCCAGCAACCCCUGUCAGCAAGGUGGGCAGUGUAUGGACACAGGCAACAGUUACUCCUGCGACUGUCCGUCGGGAUAUACCGGAGAGAACUGUCAGAUAGAUAUCAACGAGUGUGACAGAAAUCCAUGCCGAAAUGGCGGAAACUGCGUGGACAAGAUCAACGGUUACGUGUGUUCGUGUCAACCCGGGUGGGAAGGAAAGAAUUGUGAACGAUCUGUUAACGAGUGUUGGCCCAGCCCUUGUCAAAAUGGCGGACGCUGCAGAGACGGACAUAACAGUUAUACGUGCGAGUGUAAGAUAGGAUGGACCGGCCGAAACUGUGAAACAGCGGUGAAUUUGGGCUGCGCCAGUCAGCCAUGUCUAUGGGGAGCUACAUGCUUUAAGAGCGGCCAGAACGGAUAUUACUGUAACUGUCGCAGGGACUUCUCCGGUAAAAACUGUGAAAUCAUAGACGUGAGCUCUAGAUGUUCCCGGUUCCCGCGGAACAUGAGACGGGAGUGCUGGAUGCGGGGAGGGGCGCUGUCUGAUCCUAUCGCCGGAUUUGUUAACUAAAUGCUUGAAAAUGUAAUCAAAGACUGGUGGAAGAAAUAGGAAGUAGCUUAAGAGAAAAUGGAAACACGAAUUCAUUACAUACUAGUAUAUCGAAGGAAAGCUUCAUGUCAAAAGAUGGGAACUUGUAUUUAUACCGUCAUCAAUUUCUUCUAUCGAUAUCGUUUUUAUAAUUUUUUUAUUCCUCUCGGGCAAUUGGGUGAGUUUCCAAGUGCACAAUAGUUCGAACCUCAAAACAAAAUAAUGUACAAUCGUCUUCAUUAUAGUCUUUGCCUUAUUUCUUAACAGAUGAAUUAACAAUUUUAGAUAGUAGUUGUACAUCGGCAUUCAUAGAAAGAUUGAGUAUUUCGAUUAGUUUACACAAGUCUGUAGCUCGUGUCACAAUAUUCUGGAUACCAGAUAUGUAGACUUUGUGAGAAAAAAAGGAGGCCAUCUACACCAGGAUGCACCAAUUGUCUCAUAACCGGGACGGAGGGCGACAUCAACUUCCGACAACAUUUAAAGUCUUUGAUGACAUCACAGGUACAUAAAAUAACGUGUUCAGGGUGAUCGGGUCAGAUAGUUUCAGAGGACUGAGUGAUUCAGUCAAAA